AUGCGUGCGGGGUGGGAGCGAGGAUUCCGGAGCCUGCGGCUGCCGCGUUCGCCGCGUCGGGGAUGCGAGCCCCGGGCCCGCCCCACCCCCUUCCGGUACCGGGAGAGGGCGUGGCUUAACGGAAGGGGGCGUGACCUUGUCCCGGUGAGGGCGUGGCUUGUGGCAGCAGCGGCGCCCAUGGCGGAGCAGCGCGUUUCGCGCUGGUACUUCGGCGGCCUCGCGUCGUCCGGGGCCGCCUGCUGCACGCAUCCCCUGGAUCUGCUGAAGGUGCACCUGCAGACGCAGCAGGAGGUGAAGAUGAGGAUGACGGGGAUGGCGUUGCACGUGAUCCGCACCGACGGCUUCCUGGCGCUCUACAACGGGCUGAGCGCCUCGCUGUGCCGGCAGAUGACAUAUUCCUUGACUCGCUUUGGCAUCUAUGAGAGCGCAAAGAACCGCCUGAGCCACCAGGGGCCUCCCCCCUUCUACCAGAAAGUGCUCAUGGCUGCAGCAGGAGGUUUCACUGGUGGGCUUGUGGGAACCCCGGCAGACAUGGUGAACGUCAGGAUGCAGAACGACAUGAAGCAGCCGCCGAAUCAGCGGCGCAAUUAUUCCCAUGCCCUGGAUGGCAUGUACCGUGUCUUCCGGGAAGAGGGCGUGAAGAAACUCUUCUCAGGAGCAUCAGUGGCAUCAAUCCGUGGGGCCCUUGUCACUGUUGGACAGCUUUCCUGUUAUGACCAGGCCAAGCAGCUGGUUCUCGCUACUGGAUUUCUGUCGGACAAUGUCUUCACUCACUUCCUGUCCAGCGUCAUCGCUGGCCUGUGUGCCACAUUCCUGUGCCAGCCCCUGGAUGUGCUCAAGACCCGCCUCAUGAACUCCCACGGGGAGUACCAGGGAGUCACUCACUGUGCCGUGGAAACCGCCAAGCUCGGACCACUUGCCUUCUACAAGGGCUUCGUUCCUGCUGCUGUCCGGCUGGUUCCUCAGACUGUUCUCACCUUUCUGUUCCUGGAGCAGCUGCGCAAAUAUUUUGGGAUCAAAGUGACCACCUGAGUCUGGGGGACUGGACCCUGCCUUGCCCCAGGGGGGUGAGCGUGUGGGUCACCCCCAAGAUCCCAGAACCCCUCUCUGCUCUCUGGGGCCAG